UGGCCCCUUUUCUCUUAGGCUUCACAAGCAAGCAGAUCGCCGCAUCACAGGUGGUAAGAGGGUGGGGGAGGGAAGGAUUAGGGCUGAACCCGAGGAAGGCGAGGAAGGCGCAGCCACAUUAGAAGCGAUUUCACCGCGGAGAGUCAGGGUGCCGGCAGGUGGCCAGGCGCUGGAGACUCGGGAAGCCAAGAUGAGCGCCCUCCGCACGGCAGUGGGGUUGCUGAUCCUGGGGAUGCUCCAAGCUUUCCCAACGGAUCGACUCAAGACCCCCUGUCCCGGAGACCUCCGCUACAACCCCGGGGCAGCUGACAAGAACUGCUGUUACCAGUGCCCCUCAGGGUUGUCUCCAACGCAGCCAUGCCCACAGAGCCCUGCCCACUGCAGGAAACAGUGUGCUCCUGACUACUACAUCAAUGAAUAUGGGAAGUGCACCGCCUGUGUGACCUGUUUGUCAGGCCUUGUGGAGAAGGCUCCGUGUUCUAGGAACUCCCCUCGAGUCUGUGAGUGUCAGCCUGGUAUGUACUGCAGCACGCCAGCUGUCAAUUCCUGCGCCCGCUGUGAACUUCAGGGUCCUGAGGCGAAGGGUGUCAAGUUCCCAGGCACAGCGGAGAAGGUCACCAUCUAUGAGCUGCCUUCCCUAGGAUCUGGCCCCAAUUGCUCCAGUCCAGAUGACUGCAAGAGACUUACGAGCCAUGCUACUCCUCGGGCCACGCCUACUCUAGAAUCCCCAACCAAUGACACUGUGAGGAGCUUGUUGCCAAAGGGGGUCACCAGCCUUGUGCAGGAAGAUGCUAUGGAGCUGGUGAAGGUUCUAGAGUCUUCCUCUUCCAAGGCAAGGGAGCCCAAUCCAGAUCCAGGUAAUGCAGAGACGAAUAUGACCUUGGAGCGUCCUCCUCCAGGGACACUCCCUGGCAUCAGCACCUCAGAAAACAGCGGGGAGCCUGCCAGUACCACUUCCACCCUAAGCCUUUUCGUAGACUCCGGGACCACCGACAGGAUGCCGCCCACCUCUCCCUUGUCCACAGGAACACCAUUUCUGGAUCCAGGGCCCAUGCUCCUCUGGGUGGCCAUGGUGGUGCUACUGGUUGGCUCCGGUUCCUUCCUCCUGUGUUACUGGAAGGCCUGCAGGAGGCAGAUCCAACAGAAGUUUCACCUGAACUACCUAGUGCACACCUUCCAGCCCAAGAUGGAGCAGGCAGAUUCCUGUCCAACUGAAAAGCUAACCCAGCUGCAAAGAAGUGGAUCAGUGACAGAUCUCAGCUCUGGAAACAAGGUGAGCCCGGUGAGCCCAGUGAGCCGUCCAGCCGUCGAGACUUGUGCCAACAUUGGGGCUGCCUGCCUGGAGAGCCUGCCAUUGCUGGAUGACAGCACAGCUGGGGGUCCUUUUUCUCCCAGGGAACCUCCAGAGCCCCGGGUAUCUACAGAACACACCAACAACAGGAUUGAGAAAAUCUACAUCAUGAAGGCCGACACAGUGAUCGUGGGCUCUGUAAAAACGGAGGUCCCUGAGGGCCGGGCUCCAGCAGGGUCUACAGAGUCUGACUUGGAAGCUGAGCUAGAAGUGGACCACGCCCCCCAUUACCCGGAGCAAGAGACAGAACCACCCCUGGGCAGCUGCACGGAGGUCAUGUUCUCAGUGGAGGAAGGAGGAAAAGAGGACCACGGACCCACGACUGUCUCUGAGAAGUGACACCCAGUGUUAGCUUGGGGCUGGAGAGUAGCUGAGUAUACCCUUGAGCUCAGGUUAGCACCUGGAAAGCUACCACAGUGUGAACUGAAGCCCCAGCAUCCAAGGUAGCCCAGAAUGAAGCCUUCAGCUGCUGUCGAGAGCACUGGCCCCUGGGCCCCAUCCGUGGGCUCUCCCCAUCAGGCUGGUGUCUAUUGGGGCAGAAGCCACAGGCUGGUUCUGAGCCUCCUUGCCCGCACGUCUGUGCCCCCCUGCCUUCUCUCCUUGGGUCUCGAGCGAUGGCUUUGCUGGCAUGCUGCUAACCUCUCACUGUACACAUGGCUUCCCUAGAACAGAACCAGCACCCAUUGCUUCUACUCCUGAGGCAGAGGGAAGUGAAAGAAUGAAUGUUCAUCAUCACUGGCACAAUGAUAGCCUGCACCCAUCACACAGGGAGGGCAAAGGACCUCCUCAGCAACUGGAGUGACCCCACCCACCCAGCGCUGCUCAAGACUUUGCUUUGCCCAGGGACUUCCCGUCACACGGAAAUGGGAGAACUCUAGUGCUGGAGGUCCUUAAUACUUUGUGCCACUAUCUGUUCCACCCUGGAAACAGAGAAGCACGGUCCCUAAUCCACCAGGAUCAGGUGUGAGGACUAGCAGGUUGGAGCCUGUCUUCGAAGGCACCCUGUUGUUUACACUGCUUAUCCCAGCCCCACUGUGAGGAGGCAGUGCUGGUGAACAUACCUGAAGAUCUGCUUUUAAUGUUUUGUUUUGUUUUGUUUUCCUUUUGAGGUACUGAGAAUUGAACCCAUGGCCGUGUGCAUGCCAGGCAAAUGUCACUGGGCUGAUGAACCCCAGGCCAGCAUUUCAUACUAAGCACUAAAAGCUGCUGUCACUCCCAGCCUGGCUCACCCCCUGGUACCUGCAUACUCUCAUGACAAACACGGAGCCAACUGGAUGACACAUCUGCUCUGUGGCAGCCUGGGGACUCUGGACUUACCCUUGGGUCAGGCAGGGAGAAUUCUGUUUACUCACUAGCUGGUAGCUGUCUGGAGGAAGUUGGGACCCUGUUGAGAAUCACGAGGGGAGUUUCUGAAACCGCCUGCAUCUAUGGGGGAAAAGUUGGAGUGGCUGAGUACCACCAGAGGCAUUGUACCACAGUCUGGAUACUGACCAGAGGGAUGUGUGUGGGCUGGAGAGUUGCCCAUUGUCUUGUGCAAGGACACCGUGGAUAUGUGAGCAUUCACAGUUGACCCCAAAGCCAUGUCAUGAUGAUCACAUGGAUGCCACUGGAAGAUACUGCCCAACUUUUUCUUUUUUUCUUUUUCUUUUUUUUUCUAAGAUGGGAUCUACUUCUGUAUCCUAGGAUAGAUUUAAACUUGGUAUGGAGCUCAAGCUGACCUUGAACCUGUAACCCUCUUAUCUUAACUUCCUGAGGAAUGACCGUCUAGAGCCACUAUGCUGCCAAACUGCCAGACAUUUCAACAAAGUGACAUACUCCCUUGCAAAGUGGCCCUUUCACACAAUUUUUGACUGUCUAAAAAUCCCUAAGGGCCUGUAAAAAAAAAAAGGAUUUAUGAGGCUGAAGGCUGAUCACAGAGAUGAGUCGUUGGAGGCCCUGAGCACAAAAGCUGGCAGGGGUCUGGCCUGUCCUCCCCCCAGAUGGGGCUUUUCUCUGUGUGCGUGGCACUCACAGCCGAGGGCAGGAGCCCAUGACCAGCGGUGUGCUGUUUACAUCUCUCCUUGUCCAUCCGGGCAGUCUCUUCCCUGUUCAAGUCCUGUCCUCUAAGGACGCUGGGAAUAAAGGGUCUCUGCUCACAAGGCUGCCUUUGGUAUUUAUAGGAUGGAUCCUGGGCCUCUCCAGGGCUUUCUUCCCACAAGCAGGUCUGGGCCAUGCAACUUCGGAAAAGAGGAAACGCCGUGCAUGCGACUGGAGCAGCCUGGGGGCUGUGGAAACCAGGCCUUCUAUGGCUGAGCAGGAGAGGUUCCUCCACCCUGCACCCAGAGCAGGGCAGAGCUUCAGCUACAUGCAGCCAGUUCAGAGUCCCCGCUCUCUGUCACUCGUACACUCCAUUCCGCCGCAGCAUAGCCCACACCUGCACCUCGCCUUCAGCCUGCGGCUGAACCUGCUGCUUGUGGGCCAAGCAGACAGGCCAGGAGCAGGAGCUCUCCUGAUGGGGAACUUCUUAGUUAACUGUUCUGAUGUUUAGAAUGGUGAAGAAUCAGGCCCCUGUUCUCAAGGGGGCAAGCCCUGAGUGGUGAGGGACCCUGCCCUGCCCCCAUCACUUCCUGAACAGUUAUCUGCAGUUGGUGUCUAGUUCUUUUUUGUUUUUGUUUUUGUUUUUGUUUUUGUUUUUCAAGACAGGGUUUCUCUGUGUAGCCCUGGCUGUCCUGGAACUCACUCUGUAGACCAAGCUGGCCUCGAACUCAGAAAUUCACCUUCCUAUGCCUCCCAAGUACUGGGAUUAAAGGCGUGUGCCAUCACUGCCUGGC